AGUUGAAGUUGCAUCGAUUUGAAAUGCCCUCCAAUAUGUCGUGGCUGUUGCCCGAUUGGCGGUUACCGGUGCAGGAUCGAAAGAGAAGGGAAUGCGCAGAAGCACGUGGAUUUGUUUAGACGACUGUCAAGCCCCUUUCGUAGCGCAUUUACAAAGUCCGUGGGGUGCUUCCGGUAAGCCCCGUAGCUGGCGGCGCUUUCCCGACAAACGAUACCGGGGGCCAACGGGGGCGACAAGAUCCACUGUCUACCUCCCUUCACCCUCCCCUUCUCCGCGAGCCCGUGUCCCAGCUCCCCGUCCUCUCCUUACCAACAGCGUUACACCUCCGAUGUGGAGACAGAGACAGAGAUAGAGACAGGGGCAGGGGAGUGACGACGGCGACGAUGCCCGGCGAAACGAGCGAUGGAGGAGGGGAAGACAUCAACGGCGGACAAGGCCGCCAUAUUGAAUCACUCUCGUUAAUUUUUGCGCAGAGGCGGUGUGAAUUUUUUCUCCUUGCGCGGAAGGUAGCAGCUCAAGGUUGUGUCUGAGAUUCACGAUCGUGACGAUCGUUUUCGCGGUUACCGUUGGCACACGUCAUCCCUCGGGUCGAGUUGUGUAUUGUUUUCGUGUUGUUACACGGACCAGGUAGAGUGAGGAUACGAUAAACGAUGCGCGGAUAUGCCACACGAGAAAGAUUCACGGAAACAUGCGGAAAUCGUGCGUGUAUGAUCGCGAGGCAGUGAAGUGUGCUCGUGAUAGGGAGGGACACUCGAGAGAAGUGAAGUGUAUGCGUACACUGACUGCGGUAUGUGGUGUGCGCCAUGUCAUUAGUUGCUGCAUUUGAAAGAAUGGAAGCCAUGGAUUUGGACGGAGAUGCGGUAGUGGACUUGAGUGUUAGCAGCAGUGGUAGAAGAAAUUCUCCAUCGAUCACUAUCAACUCUGGUGAUGUAGGAGUUCCAUUAGAUUUAGGUGUUCAUUUUUCUUCGAGUCCGAAUGUGGAUAGCAACAUACCAGAAGCACGUAAUAUUCAAAAUGCAGCAAGAGGCAUUUUAGCUCCCAAGUCUGGAGAUGAUAGGAAAACACGCCGUAAUCUUAGACCUAGAAUUGAAAUAAGUUAUGCAGAAAGUCCUGAUGAACGUAGAAUAAAUGGUUAUGUGAAUGGAAAUGCAGACAGCGAUGAAGGUGAUAUGCCUCCUUUGCCUCCAAUAAAAGAGUUGUCAUCAGAUGAAUUGGCUGAACGUGAGAGGACACUUAGAAAAUUAAGGGAGGAACUUAGAUCUGAGGAAAUGAAAUUGGUAUUAUUGAAGAAAUUAAGGCAAUCUCAACAAUUGAAAGAAAACAUUGCUGCUGUACCCAAAGUACCCAGUAAAUUACCACCACCAGUUACAGUACAACCAACUCCUCAUAGUCAUAGGACAAACAAAGGACCACCAGCUUCACUUAAAGGACAACCUGCACCAAGCAGGAGCAGUAGUUUACAUGCUCCACCUCCUGGAAUGUUAUUACCACCUACAGUUGGUCGUAGUUCUACUUCUAGUACUGGAAUGCCACCUAACAUGGUCAUACCACAACCACCUCAUCCUAGGGGCAGGCCACCUAGUGCAACACCAAAUGUAUCAAAUUAUCAUGCACCUGCAGAUAGAACUGAAAGGUCUACAAAAGAUCCAACACCCACUCCAGCACAUCAAGUAAGUAAGCUGCUUCUUGGAUCUCAAGAAAAUAAAACCACCGCAUCCUUAAGCACACCUGUGAUUUCAGAGCAGGAGAGACCAAGGGAUGAUAACCAGACUCCUGCACAACGGCAGGCGGCUGCCAAGUUGGCUUUAAGAAAACAACUUGAGAAGACUUUGUUACAAAUACCACCUCCGAAACCUCCACCACCGGAGAUGCACUUCGUGCCAAAUCCGUCUAAUACCGAAUUUAUAUACUUGGUGGGUCUAGAGCAUGUAGUUGAUUUUAUCACUAAAGAACCCGCUAUUCCACCACCUCCGGAACCAUUCGAAUGUACUCAAUGCAAAACGGAUUUUACACCUGUGUGGAAAUGGGAAAAGCCCGUAACUGGUGGCAAGAAAGAAGGUCCACGAGGACAACAUGCAACCUUCCAAAGACCUCCAGCAGGUCGUGAUCCUAGGGUCAUAUGCGAACAUUGUGUAACGACCAAUGUUAAGAAGGCUCUUAAAGCAGAACAUACUAAUCGGUUAAAGACAGCGUUCGUAAAAGCACUGCAGCAGGAACAAGAAAUAGAGCAGAGGUUGGCGCAAGCAGCGUGUCCAAGUCCAGACCCUCCAGCUCCAAAACCAGUUCCUAAAGCGGCUACUCCUACGAGAAGAGUAGCAACACCACCAGCCCCUCCACCUCAAGUUCCACCGGCACCAACGCUAGCACCAACUCCACCAGCACCGAAAUUACAAGAUCAUCCUCUGGUUAAAUUGGCAGAAAGUGGAAAGUUUAGCCCACAUCACGCUGCUGCAGCUGCCCUACAGCAACAAUUGCUCAGAGAAUUGGCAAAAAAUCCUGUGCCAGGUUUGCCACCUCAUCAACCCCUUCCUGCUCACAUGAUGCCACCAUUUACUUCGAUAUUAUAUCCCUACCAAUUAGCAAUGGCACAAGCUGGCGGAAAAGGUCUUGCAGAAUUACAGCGACAAGCGGCAGACUUGCAACGUCAAUAUUUGCUUGAUAUGAUUCCGUCGCAAGCAUCUCAGGCGCAAGGCAACCAAGCUCCACCUCGCGCCCAUCCACACAAUUGGAAAACGUAACCGAACGCAUUUAAGGAUCGACCAGUAAAUGCAAAUAAAUGAAACUGCAGAGCUGUGUUAGAGAAUAUUGAGAAGCAAUGAUACUCGUAUUCUUUUUCCAGAACAUCGUACUAAAUAAAAAUCUUUAAUGAAGUGUGAUGAAUGUCACAUUUUCAUAACAUUGCUAGGAUAAUGUACCAAUUGAUAUAUGAUUGGUAUCUUUAUUUACAAAGUGAAGCUCAAACUUGGAACAAUGGGACAAGACACUUCCUGUAUUAUUGUGAAAAUGGGAGAUUUUAACCAUCAUUUUGUGAAUAUGCAUUAAUGUGUGAGUGUGACUUUUGAUUGUUACCCGGAAGGUUCAACGUUUUAUUGUCUCAAAAAACCUAAGCUUUCAGUUGUAAUACACGAAUGAUAAUUAUCGUAAUUUUCUUCGUGGUUUCAAAGAGAGAAAACGAAAGGAUGUUCACGAUUUAACCGAAGGCCAGCAUACAAAAGAUUCUUCGAUUGGUUUUUUAAAAGAUCAGUAUCUGUGUUUCUUUUUUUUUUUUCUUCUUUUUUUAGGGGGAUUACCCUAUGUUGGUAUUAACUGUACUGUGAAGGAAUAAUAGGUGAAUGUCAAUCAAUUGGAGUAAGUGCAUAAUAACUCGGACGCACAUAAAUGAAUAUAAUUGCUUCAAUUAUUACAUUAUAUAUAUUAUAUCUACAUAAAGAACCAAGUGGACAUUUAUAAGGCACUAAGGACAGUAAUAAGUGUUAUGCGAUUAUAAAAAAUUGGUUGAUUAACAAUAGUAGUGAUAAUCAGAGAGUGAACGAAAGAAAGAGAGAGUGAGAGGGAGAGAAAGAGAGAAAGCGCGCACGCAUAAAUACGUGCGUAAAACAACAAUUAACAAAGUUGAAAAAAGUGGGAUCUUUUUAGGCCCUUGAUAAUUAUAGUUAAGUCAAUCUUUGUCGCUGGUUUGAAUAAUUUUUGUAACCAUCGGCGGUACCUGUACUCUGUGUAUAUCUCUUUAUUUUCUUCAAACUAUGAGUAGUUUUAAGGCGGUUAUAAUAAUUGAGAAAGAAAAGAGAAAGAGCGAGAGUAAGAGCGAAUGAGAGAGCAAGUUGUAGACUACUGAUGAAAGAAAAAGGGAAAAAAGCAAAUGAUCUUCGUAAGAAAAUGUGUGUCACUGAUAUAGUCAGCAAAAAAAACGAAUGUGGGUGUGAUAGUAACGUUUUUCUUUUUUUCUUUUAUUUCUUUUUUUUUUUUUUGUCGUUAUAACAAGAGGACAGAGAAUGAGCAUUCAGCAUGUUUUUAAAAAAUAGGGUGACACGAAUGUCAUUCGCGCACAAAUUGUAGGAAUUUCAAGGUAAAACUUCUUCAGGCUCAUUUUGAUGCAGGAUGUAUUGAAAAAAAAGGAGGAAAAAAAAAAUCGAAAAGAAAAAGUCCAAAAAAAAAGGAAAAGAAAGAA